AAUACCACGCAGUGAGAUUCGUCAUCAGCAGCAGACGUACAACCACAAGAUUACCACCAGCAACAAUGCUUUUCUACUCGUUUUUCAAGUCUCUGGUGGGGAAGGAUGUGGUGGUGGAGCUGAAAAACGACCUGAGCAUCUGUGGAACACUUCAUUCUGUUGACCAGUACCUGAACAUCAAGCUCACAGACAUCAGUGUCACAGACCCAGAGAAAUAUCCACACAUGCUGUCGGUGAAAAACUGUUUCAUCCGUGGGUCUGUGGUGCGGUACGUUCAGCUUCCUGCAGAUGAAGUUGACACUCAGCUGCUGCAAGACGCUGCACGAAAAGAAGCGAUGCAGCAGAAGCAGUGAUUUACCUGCCGAUGGGGUUUAGUUCA